CCGAUGUAGCAACAGUCCCGAAAGCUCCACAAGUUGUUGUUUUGCGCGGUGUGCGAAAGGAAAGUCACGAGAACUGGGGGGAAACUUUGCUUGACGUCCGUAGCGAGAUAAACCAUGGAAACUGACACAGAACCUCAGGUGGUUGUGGGAGUGGACGGUGUAACAAACAGUAUGCUGGGGGACCAAGAUGUGCUGGUGGUGACUCAGAAACACCAACACUACCCUCUACCCAUUAUCCCUGCCCUCUAUUGCAAACUCCUGCUGCUGGUAAGACUCCCUUCUCCCAUAUUACUUCGGGGGUUUCUCAUGCCAGUCUUCCAUAAUGAGGAAACUGGAACAAGCAGCUUCUCAGGACUCCAGUACCUUCAUGUGUGUGUGUGGGCAGUGAUCAUGCUGUUAACAUGGUACAUCAAGGGUGAACACAAGAAUUCUCGCAUCCUCGGCUACCACGAUUUUUACAACUCCACGAGACACCUCCACCGAACCACCUUCUACAUCACAAGUGGCGGGAAUGUGAUCCUGAUGGUGCUGGCCUGCCUAGUGCGAGAUUACUGCAUGGGUGGCUCUGCAUCGCGGUGCAGUGUCAACAUCUCCCUCUCACCAGUCAACUAUCAGCAGAUCAUCUUCCUUCUUGAGGUGGUGAUUGCCAUACCCUUUGUCAUCAAACAUAUCGUAUUUGUAGUGAGGUUCAACGCUGCCGCUCCUCCUGACACUCUGGCGGACGACCUCGCCUUUAGGAUUUCCGGCCCAGAGUCUUACGUUGGGGUCAGGGGCCCCAGCAGUCUGGAGUGGGUGCUGGAGAGACAAGCUGACCUUCUUCAAGUCCUGAGGCAUCGCAACUCCCUUCUCACUCAGCAGGUGUUCUCACUCACACAGCAACUUGAACAGAGCUAACUCCCUUGCACUCUCUCUCUCUCUAUGGGGGGCUCCCUUGUGAUGACUUAAUUGAGUAUUGUUUAAUCCUUUAAAUCUCUCUCUCUCUCUCUCUCUCUCUCUCUCUCUCUCUCUCUCUCUCUCUCUCUCUC